UAGCGGGCGGGGCGGACCGGGCGGGGCGGCGGCACCACCACCAUGUCGGAGGCGGCGGUGGCGGACACCCGGCGCCUGAACGCGAAGCCGCAGGACCUCACGGACGCGUACGGGCCGCCCAGCAACUUCCUCGAGAUCGACAUCUUCAACCCGCAGACCGUGGGCAUGGGCCGCGCCAGAUACACCAGCUACGAGCUCCGCAUGCGGACAAACCUCCCCAUCUUCAAAUUGAAGGAGUCGUGUGUGAGGAGACGAUACAGCGACUUUGAGUGGCUGAAGAAUGAGCUGGAACGAGACAGUAAGAUUGUAGUGCCACCGCUGCCUGGAAAAGCUUUGAAACGACAGCUUCCCUUCCGAGGAGAUGAAGGCAUCUUUGAGGAGUCCUUCAUCGAGGAGCGGAGACAGGGCCUAGAACAGUUUAUUAACAAAAUUGCUGGACACCCACUGGCACAGAACGAGCGCUGCUUACAUAUGUUCCUGCAAGAGGAGACUAUUGAUAGGAAUUACGUCCCAGGGAAAGUGCGCCAGUAGGAGCACCUGGCACUGUCUUCCUCCAUUCCACCCUCCCUCCUGCAAAAAUGACAUUUAUUUUUACACUAAAUCUGUCUUCUCUGAACCAGCUUUUCCUCUCUUGAACCUCCCAGUUUGUUCAGUAUUUUCCUCUUUUGUAACUGGCAGCAGUUUGUUCUACUGGGCUGUGGUCGUGGCCUAAAGAUGUGAAGAUUUAUGCAAGUGAGUGUAUUGUCCCACGUCUAGGGGCAGAUGUGGAUAGGUGUGGAGCAGGAACUUGCUAAUGACGUUCUGGUGUAGGAGCUGCCUCUCUCCCUGUACAGGAAGAUAAGAGAUGACCUUCACUCCCUUGUCUGUGCAGCCCCAAGCAUCUCUGCAGGAGACUUUGAAGAAUAGCAGUUGUCAUGUUGGUCAGUGAUUAUAUCAGGUAUUAGAGUUUUAGUAAGGUUUAUCCAAACCAGUGAGUAGGUGCCUGGGUGUGUCAGUCUGUCAUCCACCCCAUUCACCCUGCAUGAAACCCCCAUUCUUCACUGUCUGGAAGUGCUGAGACCCAACACCUACUCAAACCCCGCUAUCAGCCUCCUGAAUUACAGACCUAUUUGGUGUAUUUGUGUCCCCUCCUUUCUAAGGUGCUGCUGGCAGCUCGAGGGGUUUCCAUCCCAUGUGCUCUCAUGAUGCUCUUUGUGGGCCAUUUGGCAUGUGGAAGAUGGGAUAGUCUGGGCUGUAGCCACGUGUGCUGUGAUGCAUUGGCCCAGAGUUUAAGAAACACCACAGCCUGCUGUAGCAUGGGCUGCUGGGCUGGUGUUGCCUGCAGCACCCUGCUCGGCUGAGCCUAGUGACCUUAUCCUGGGCCCCAGCUGCUGGGAGGAGCAGACUGGCUGGCUGAGGAGGAGCAAGAGAAGGCUGGUGGGAGCAGUUGUAGGAUGCAGUUGUGAUGGCUGCCACUGGAGGAGCCCAGCAGUGGGGCCUGGAGUGAGGCCACCUUUCCAGAAAAGGACAGCAGAAAAUGGGAGUCAGUCCUAGGUUAGACAUUGCUUACAAAGCAGGAGAAGUAGCAGUGGCUCUUUGUGCGUUCUCCCCUGUUCUGCAGUGAGCUAGGCAGUCACUUGUGUGGAAGUGAGAACAUUUGACUGGUCAGGGAAGUGUUCAGAGCUUGAGGGGACAAUGAGGCUGUGACUUGCUGCAGCACAAGUGUCCUUUGGAGGUUCCCCCAGUUACCACAGCUGUGAUGAGUGAGGUUGGGCCUUGGUGACUUUGUUGUGGCACAGUUGAGCCUUUCUUGGAGCACAGGCCCAGAGUGGAUGCCCUCCUGUUCCUGCCAGGCACGUUCCCCGAGGCCUUCCCAACGUCCCCUCUGUUUUCUGGUGAGGAACUGGUACUGCUGGGCGAGAGGUGGCUCUUAGGGAGAAGUCGCUGAAAGCGCGGGGGAGCUGCUCCGGGGGCUGGCUCGGUCCGGAAAGGGCCGUGGGGCAGCGCGGAGCCCGGUGCCGGUGGAGGCGGCCGUGGCCUCGGAGGGGAUCGGUCCCCGCCUCCUGCUGCCGCCAGUCGCGCUCGGGGCGGCUCCUUCCCCUGCCCUGCGCGGGGCUGCCAUCCAUCCAGCUGUCUGCACCCUGUCCAGUGUAACGUCCCGGUGCCGUUCGCAUUAAACCACUGUGAAGCCAA